UUUGCAAAGACAGAAGCAGGCAAGCGAACAGGCAGAGAGCCAGCCAGCCAGCCUCCUUCCUUUCUCUCUCUCUCUCUCUUUUCACCCCCCACUCUCCUUUCUUUUUUUUUGCCAAGCCUCCCCCUGGCGUGCCCCCUCCCCCUUUUCCUUAUCAGCAAUUCAGAUCGCAUGCAAAUUCCCACCCACCCCUGUGUGUAGCCUUUUCUCACACUGGCAAGAGAGAGAGAGACAGAGAGAGAGAGAGACAGAGAAAAACCAAAGCAGGCGAAGGAAAUCUCUCUGUGCCUCAUCAAGGGCUGGAAAUACAUCUCUUCUUCUUCCUCCUCUUCCUUCUCGCUUUGAUUCUUCCUUCUCUCUCUCUCUCUCUCCCCCCCCGUCUUCCUUUUUUAAACCCUCCCUCCCCCCGGGCAACAAAAGUAACCUCUGCUUCCUCUCUCCAGACCCCCAUGCAACCCAGGAUUGCAUCGGGGACGCAGCCGUGCAGUAGUUCCAGGGCUUGAUCGCCUGGCGAAAUCCUCGCUGCCUCCCUAUUUUCCGCCUGUUUUUUGGGGUUUUUCCACCCCCCUCCACCCCCUCCCCACCCGGUCCUUUUGUGCCGCGAUGGGGUGGGUGAAGCGACCCCCCGGGAUCCCUUUCGCCUGCGUUUUCCUUUUGGCAUCCUGCCUGGGCAACGCGAGCGGAAGCUGUCCGGAGAGGGAGCUGGAGACCCGGGAGGAAGCGGCCAACGUCGUCCUCACCGGGACAGUGGAAGAAAUCAUGAACGUGGAUCCGGUGCACCAGACCUAUUCCUGCAAGGUGAGAGUCUGGAGGUAUUUAAAAGGCAAGGAGGUUGUGACUCACGAAAUCCUCUUGGACGGUGGGAAUAAAGUGGUGAUCGGCGGUUUUGGGGACCCCUUGAUCUGCGACAACCAGGUAUCCACGGGGGACACCCGGAUAUUCUUUGUUAACCCCGCCCCGCACUAUAUGUGGCCAGCUCACAAGAACGAACUGAUGCUCAACUCAAGCCUCAUGCGGAUUACCUUGCGCAAUCUGGAGGAAGUCGAACAUUGCGUGGAAGACAAGCCGGUGAACUACUUCCCGCAGCCUCAGGAUGUGUGCCGGGGGAUGCUGUGCGGAUUCGGCGCCGUGUGCGAGCGCAGCCCCACUGACUCUUCCCAGGCUUUGUGCGUGUGCAAGAAGAACGCGUGCCCUUCGGUGGUGGCCCCGGUUUGCGGCUCAGAUUACUCCACCUACAGCAACGAAUGUGAGCUGGAGAAGGCUCAGUGCAACCAACAGCGCCGGAUCAAAGCCAUCAGUAAAGGAGCAUGCGGUUCAAAGGACCCCUGCACGGAGGUGACAUGCAGCUUUGGCAGCACCUGCGCGCGUUCCACAGAUGGGCAGUCGGCCAAGUGCAUCUGCCCGUCCUCCUGUAGCAGCGUCCCGGAGAAUUAUGUGUGCGGCAGCGAUGGCAAGGAUUACCGCAGCGAGUGCCACCUUAACAGGCAUGCUUGCGACAAGCAGGAAAACAUCUUCAAGAAGUUUGAUGGGCUCUGCGACCCCUGCAAAAGCACCCACAAUGACAUGAACCGAGUUUGCCGGGUCAAUCCCCGAACCCGACGUGCUGAGCUUCUGCCCCGGCCUGAAAGCUGCCCCCUAAAGCGAGACCUGGUGUGCGGGGAUGACGGGACCACCUACGAAAGCGACUGCGUCAUGGUGAGGGCGGCCGCUGUCCGGGGGAUCGAGAUCCAGAAGGUGCGCUCAGGACCAUGUCAGCCUCAGGACAAGUGCAAGGACGAGUGUCGCUUUAACGGCGUGUGCCUCAACCGCCGGGGAGCGGCCCGCUGCUCAUGCGAACGCAUCGUCUGCGACGGCUCCUACCGGCCCCUCUGCGGCAGGGACAGCCGGACGUACGGCAACGAGUGCGAGCGCCAGAAAGCCGAGUGCCAGCAACGAGCCGCCAUCCCAGUCAAGCACCAGGGCCCUUGUGAUCUCGGCAUGCCCAGCCCUUGCUUGAGCAUCGAGUGCACCUUCGGGGCGACCUGCGUGGUGAAGAACCAGGAGGCCGUGUGCGAAUGCCAGCAAGUGUGCCAGAGCGUCUACGACCCGGUGUGCGGCAGCGACGGCCUCACGUACGGCAACCCCUGCGAGCUGGACGCCAUGGCCUGUGCCCUCAGGAAAGAGAUCCGGGUGAAACACAAAGGCGCUUGCGACCGCUGUGGAAAAUGUCAGUUCGGCGCCAUCUGCGAGGCAGAGACUGGGAGGUGCGUGUGCCCCACUGAAUGCAUCCCGUCCUCUCAACCAGUCUGUGGCACCGAUGGGAACACCUACGGGAACGAGUGCGAACUCCACGUGCGGGCCUGCACCCAGCAAACCAACCUUGAGGUGGCGGCACAAGGCGACUGUAAAAUCUGUGGGGCUGCAGUGUGCUCUUUCGGGGCCACGUGCGUGGGAGGGCAGUGCGUUUGCCCCCGCUGCGAGAAACAGCCCUGGGCACGAGUGUGCGGGAGCGACGGCGUGACCUACGACAACUCGUGCGAGCUCCGGGUGGCGGCCUGUCAACAGAAGAAAGACAUUGAGAUUGCGAGGACGGGGCCCUGCGAGGAUGAUUGUGGCUCAGGAGGUGGGUCUGGUUCUGGGGACUCGAACGAGUGUGACCGGGACAGCUGCCGGCGGUACGGGGGCUCCUGGGAUGAGGACGUGGAGGACGACCGCUGUGUGUGUGACUAUACCUGCGGGGCCGUGCCAAAGAACCUGGUCUGUGGCUCCGACGGGUUGACCUAUGCCAACGAGUGCGAACUCAAGAAGACACGCUGCGAGAAGCGUCAAGAUAUCUACGCGACGGGCCAAGGGUCCUGCCGAGGAGUCCCAACGCUUCCACCUCCGCUCGAAGUCCUCCACUGCAGCCAGACGGUCUAUGGAUGCUGCCCGGACAACGUGACUUUGGCUCUCGGAGUAGGCUCUGCCGGAUGCCCCAGCACCUGCCAUUGCAACCCCUACGGCUCCUACGGAGGCGGCUGUGACCCCGCCACGGGGCAGUGCUCCUGCAAACCUGGCGUUGGAGGGCUGAAAUGCGACCGCUGCGAGCCGGGCUUCUGGAACUUCCGAGGGAUCGUCACCGACAGCAAGAGCGGCUGCACUCCUUGCCACUGUGAUCCGGUGGGUUCGGUGCGGGACGACUGCGAGCAGAUGACGGGCUUGUGUUCCUGUAAAACGGGCAUCACCGGCAUGAAAUGCAACCAGUGCCCCAACGGCAGGAAAUUGGGGAUGUCUGGCUGUGAGAAAGACCCCUCGGCCCCCUCUUCCUGCGCCGAAAUGACGUGCGAGUUCGGGGCGUCGUGCGUGGAAGUCCACGGCUUUGCUCACUGCGAGUGCCCUUCUUUGCUCUGCACGGAGGCCAACACGAGCAAGGUCUGUGGAUCUGACGGAGUGACCUACGGAGACCAGUGCCAGUUGAGGACCAUCGCUUGCCGGCAAGGGCAGGUCAUUGACGUGAAGCAUUUGGGCCAGUGCCAAGAAUCCAUCACCCACGCCAGCCACACCACGCCGCCUGCCACCGUCCGGCCUUUGGACUCCCUCCUCCUCCCUCCACCCCCACGAACCACCCCCCAGGUAGCCGAGCAGGCCGAGACGGAAGCCAGCUCCCGGCCUUUUGAAGACCAGCCCACCCGCAAGAGCCACCAAGCCACGAAACACACAAACGCCGCCCCACACCCGGCCACUACCGCCUGGACCACGCACGGCGUCCGACAGACCACCGUCCGACCUCUUUCCACUGCCCCGGUGGUCCCGGUCACCCCCCAGCCGGCUUACGUCGAAUCGGGGAGCGCAGAAGGCAGCGGGGACCCCGAGAUGGGCAUCAGCGGAGACCAGGAAGGCAGUGGCACAAGCGCUGCCGGGGACGAGGAGACGGAAGAAGCAAAGGUCACAGGCACUCCGGUGAUAGAGAGGGCCACGUGUUACAACACCCCCUUGGGAUGCUGUUCGGACGGCAAGACCCCGGCGGCUGACGCAGAGGGAAGCAACUGCCCAGCGACCAAAGUGUUCCAGGGAGUCCUCAUCUUGGAGGAGGUGGAAGGCCAGGAGCUCUUUUACACACCAGAGAUGGCCGACCCCAAAUCGGAGCUGUUUGGGGAGACCGCCAGGAGCAUCGAAAGCGCGCUGGAUGAACUUUUCCGCAACUCCGAUGUGAAGAAGGAUUUCAAGAGCAUCCGGGUGCGACAGCUGGGCCAGAGCAACGCCGUGCGUGUCAUGGUGGAGUCCCAUUUUGACCCAGCCACCACCUACACGGCAGCCGACAUCCAGAGAAGCCUUCUGAAGCAGAUCAAAAGCUCCAAGAAAAAGACCAUCCUGGUGAAAAGGCCGCAGCAGGAGAACAUCAAAUUCAUGGACUUCGACUGGAUUCCUCAACUCUUCACCACUACCACCACCACCACCACAGCCACCACCAUGGCCCCGGCCGCUGCCACGACCCGCCGGUUCACCACCACCGGCGUCCCCCGGGCUCUGUACCCAGGGAGGCCCAACGGCAAAGCCCCCGGCCCGGUCACCACCAAGAGGCCCGUCACCUCCGCCCCGGCCACCCCUGCCAGGAAGAAGCCGGCGCGCCUGCCCCCGGCCACCAGGAAACCGGCGCGCCCCUGCGAUUCCCACCCCUGCCUGCACGGCGGCACGUGCGAGGAUGACGGACGGGACUUCACCUGCAGCUGUCCGGCUGGAAAGGGCGGAGCGGUUUGUGAAAAAUCCAUCAGGUACUUCAUCCCCAGUUUCGGUGGCAAGUCCUACCUGGCGUUCAAGAUGAUGAAGGCCUACCACACCGUGCGCAUCGCCAUGGAGUUCCGGGCCUCCGAUCUCAGCGGGGUGCUCUUGUACAACGGGCAGAACCGCGGCAAAGAUUUCAUCUCCCUGGCGCUGGUGAACGGCUUUGUGGAGCUCAGGUUCAACACCGGCUCUGGAACAGGCGUGAUCACGAGCAGGGUUCCCAUCGAACCGGGCAGGUGGCACCAGCUGGUGGUCAAUCGGAACCGGAGGAACGGCAUGCUGUCGGUGGACGGCGAGCCCCACGUGAACGGCGAGAGCCCCAGCGGCACGGACGGGCUCAAUCUCGACACCGACCUCUUUGUGGGAGGGGCGCCGGAAGACCAAAUUGCCGCCGUGGCUGAGCACACCUCGGUCACGUCCGGCCUGAAGGGCUGCAUCCGCCUGCUGGACGUCAACAACCAGAUGUACGACCUGCGGGAGAAAGGCAGUGACGUGCUGUAUGGCAGCGGGGUGGGCGAGUGCGGCAACAACCCCUGCCACCCCAACCCUUGCCACCACGGCGGCCUCUGCCACGUCAAAGAGGCGGAGAUGUUCCACUGCGAAUGCCUCAACGGUUAUACAGGGCCGACCUGCGCGGACGAGAGGAACCCCUGUGACCCCAACCCGUGCCACAUCUCCGCCACCUGCUUGGUGCUGCCAGAAGGGGGCGCCAAAUGCGAAUGCCCGAUGGGACGGGAGGGGGAGUUCUGUGAAUCAGUCACAGAACUGGACCAGACGGUACCUUUCCUGCCUGAGUUUAACGGCUUCUCUUACCUGGAGAUGAACGGCCUCCAAACCUUUGUGCCUGACCUACAGGAGAAGAUGACCAUGGAAGUGGUUUUCUUGGCGAAGAACCCCAGCGGCAUGAUCUUCUACAACGGGCAGAAGACGGACGGCAAGGGGGAUUUCAUCUCCUUGGCCCUGCACGAUGGUUACUUGGAGUACAGAUACGACCUGGGAAAAGGAGCGGCCGUAAUCAAGAGCAAGGAACCGAUCCCGUUGAACACCUGGAUAAGCGUCUUUCUGGAGAGGAACGCCCGCAAAGGGGUGAUGAGGAUCGAUAACGGCGAACGAAUCAUGGGGGAGUCGCCGCUGCCCCACACAUCUCUCAACCUGAAGGAACCGCUCUACGUCGGGGGAGCGUUUGAUUUCAGCAAACUGGCCCGGGCUGCAGCGAUGUCCACCAGCUUUGAUGGAGCCAUUCAGAAGAUUUCCAUCAAGGGCAUUCCGCUUCUGAAGGAGGAGAACAUCCGCAGCGCCGUUGAGAUCUCCUCCUUCCGCUCCCACCCCUGCACGCAGAAGCCCAGUCCUUGCCAGAACGGGGGGAUGUGCAACCCCCAGUUGGAGAGCUACGAGUGCACGUGCCAGAGAGGCUUCUUCGGGGCACACUGUGAGAAAGUCAUCAUUGAGAAGGCGGCAGGAGACUCAGAGGCCAUUGCCUUCAACGGCAGGACGUACAUAGAGUACCACAAUGCUGUAACCAAGAGCGAGAAGGCCCUGCAGUCGAACCACUUUGAGCUGAGCAUCAAGACCGAAGCCACGCAUGGCCUCAUCCUCUGGAGCGGGAAAGGCCUCGACCGUUCGGACUACAUUGCCUUGGCGAUUGUGGACGCCCACGUCCAGAUGACCUACGACCUCGGCUCCAAGCCCGUGGUCCUGCGUUCCACCAUCCCGGUCAACACAAACCAAUGGGUCCAAAUCAAAGCGUACAGAGUGCAGCGGGAAGGGUCCCUGCAGGUCGGCAACGAGGCGCCCAUCACAGCCUCCUCCCCUCUUGGGGCAACUCAGCUGGACACGGAUGGAGCCCUUUGGCUGGGUGGGCUGGAGAAGCUCAGCGUCGCCCACAAGCUGCCCAAAGCCUACAGCACCGGAUACAUUGGCUGCAUCCGAGACGUCUUCGUGGACCGCCAAGAACUACAUUUGGUGGAGGAUGCUCUGAACAACCCCACCAUACUACAAUGUUCAGCCAAAUAAAACGGCCUGCCGCUGUUCCUCUUUCCUGCCCUCUUCCCUCUCUCUCUCUCUCUCUCUCUCUCUCUCUCUCUCCCUUCCUCCUCCUCCUCCCGGCUAUUGCUGUAAUUAUUUUCUAUUUUUGUAAACUUAUUGCUUUUUAUAUUUUUGUGGGGGAAGGGAGGGGGGAAAGCAGGGAGCAGAAGAGGAGGACGAAGAGAGAACCCUCGGAGAGGGGGACUUUUAUUUUUGGGUUUCUCGUUCGGUUGCAGCGUUGACCUCAUCCAAGCCAGUUGGACUCUUGAGAAAGAGCCAAGCCUCCAUCUUUUUUUAAAAAACAAACAAACGAACAAACUCUGGGAUGCGACCAAGGAACAAAUCCACUCUCUCUCACCCCACCUCCGCCUUGCUUUUCGACGUCAUCUUCGGCUGUAAAUGUCAUUCAUACUUGAAACUUGUUUUUUUUUGUUUGUUUUUUUAAAAAAUCGGUUUUCGGUUGACACCCGUGGGGAGAAAACGAAGAGGUUCCCGGCCACGGCCCUGAGCCCGCGAGGGAGUGAAAGGAAAAGCGGAGUUCGUCACGGUUUUGAACGAAGCAGCAGCAGCGACUGAGACAGCUUGUGGGGACGGGUAAUGGGGAGAGACCUGGCCAGGACCGUCAGGCGGUGGAAUGGAGCAAACGUGACGGGGGCUGAGGCAAAUGGGGGCACCGGCGGAGGAGGAUGGACAAGAAACCUUCGAACUCUGGCAUGGCCUCGUUCUCGCCUGCUCCUUUAGUCUGAACUAGGCUUACUUUUAUCUUUGUGUACUCAAAAUUAGGAAGGCAAAACGACGGACGGUUUUCUCUCCGCUGAUGUACUUCCGAUGCAUAUAAGUCAGGGGUACGGAACCGCAGGCCCCAAUCUAGCUCUCGUGGAUUCCUAGUCUGGCCCUCUUGGGUUUCCCAGCUAUUGUGCCGUGUCCACCCACCUUCUAAAAAGGGGAAACGCCUCUCUGGUAGCUUUCGUUACGGGCGGUGAGCGCUUCAAGCUAAAACAGGGUGGUGGUUUUUGGCUCCGCCCCUUUGGCCCCUCCCACCACUGGAAUGCGGCCCCCGAGAGCUGCUCUGAAAUGCAAUCCGGCCCUCAGGUUCUGCACCCCUGAUAUAAGUGAACGGGGGAUUCUACCCUUUGGUAGCAAUGGCGAGAAUGGCUGCAGGCCGCUUCUGGGGAGAAAUACCGAAUAUAAAGGUUUCGUCUUGCGUGGGUAGGAGGAGAGAUUGAGGAGAGCAAAGCAGGGGGCGACAACAUUCCUAGGCAGCAUUGGUCCUGAGACUGUUGGAAGGUGACUUUUUAAUUUCCUAUCUGUUCUUCGCUGGUCACUGGGGUAAACGGGAACGCCUUGGAAAACCAGUUCAGCUUAGAUGGGUUCUCUCUCUCUCUCUCUCUCUGAGAAUGGGCAGAGUGAUUGCUUUUGUGGCCGGGGGAUUCACGAUAUGAAAGGGACCCUCGUAAAGACCACGGGAGAUGGCCAUAUGAGCCCCCCACAAAACACUCUGUGUGCGUCUCAAAGAAAGGUUAAGAAAUGGUACACUACCUGGCGCUCCCGAAACUUCGCUGACACUGCCAGAUCUGUCAAGGCUAUCCAUGGCUACUAGCCCUGAUGGUUGUGUGCUAUCUCCAGUAUUUGAGGCAGUAAGCCUGUGUGCCCCAGUUGCUGGGGAACAUGGGUGGGAGGGUGCUGUUGCACCGUGUCCUGCUUGUUCAUCCCUGGCCGGUGGCUGGUUGGCCGCUGUGUGAACAGAGUGCUGGGCUAUGUUCUUCUGUUCUUAUCUGGAGAUGGAGCACAGCAUAGGGACAGGUCAUUCUACCUAACUGCCCACCCUUAAGUCUUCACUGCUGUGCUCCCCUUGCCUAAAACAUGUUCCCCAUUUCUCUCUCACACACACACACACACACACACACACAUACACACAACUGCAUUUCAUUGAUGCUUGCCCAUGGAUGUGUGACUGGCUUUGUGGUGGGGGGUGUUACUUCUGUGGUGUGCAUGCGUGAGGCGGACGGAGAGAGAGAGAGACUGUGACACCCACCUCCACCCCCCAAGGCCUCUCCGGAUGGUUCGAACUAGAUGCAGGCUCAGAGAUGGCCGAAGACGUUUUGGGUGCCCAUGGCAGGAGGUUCAAAAUGGCACUCUCCCCCUUUGGUGGUAAACAAUGUAAUAAAAACAAACCCUCAAUAAC